AGUUUAUUUCUACUCUAUUAAGUGAUAACUGACUGCGUAAAAAACGUUUUUCAUUGAUAAUUUAUGAUUUCGAUUCAAUCAGGACAAUUUUGGCAAAUUUUUCGUAUAAAUAAAGUGUCUCAAACGGAACAUUGUCUUUUGCUUAUUUUUAAAUUUAUAAAAAUGGUAUCGAUCAUAGCUCGAAUAAUUUUGACUGUCGCGCUAGCAUCGUACGUGCGACAUACUUUUGCUACCGGAUCCAAGCCCACAGUUAUUUCAACCGAACAGGAUUUAUUCCCCGUGACAAUAGUUCAUAUUAACGAUUUUCAUGCACGAUUUGAAGAGACAAAUGAAAUGGCAACAACCUGCAAAGAUGUUGAAAUUUGUAUCGGUGGUUACGCCCGGGCUGUAAAAAUGAUCCGAGCUUUAUUGGAGAAUGCUGUGAAUCCAAUUUACUUGAAUGCUGGCGAUAAUUUCCAAGGAACACUUUGGUAUGCGCUCGGUCGUUGGAAUGUAACAGCUCAAUUUUUGAAUAUGCUUCCGGCUGAUGCAAUUACAUUGGGAAAUCAUGAAUUCGAUCAUGGUAUUGCUGGUGUGGUGCCGUUUAUGGAGAAUUUAAUGACUCCAGUUGUUCUGGCCAAUGUAAUUGAUACAUUUGAGCCAACAUUCCAAGGAAAAUAUAAAAAAUCAAUUGUGAUCGAUCGUUACGAACGCAAAAUCGGUGUGAUUGGCGUUUUAAUUAGUACAGUUCACGAACUUGCAAAUGUGGGCAAACUACAAUUUAGAAAAGAAGAGAUUGCGAUCAAAGAAGAGGCAGAAAAAUUGAAAAAUCAAGGUGUUGAUAUCAUUAUCGUAUUAUCGCACUGUGGCUUGAGCAUUGACUAUAGAAUCGCGAAAGCGAUUGCACCAUACGUUGACGUUAUUGUUGGUGGUCAUUCGCAUACUUUUAUGUACACAGUUGAAGAAGGCAGUAAACCGCCCGGACCAGAUCAUCCAAGUGAUCUUUAUCCGGCAGUCGUUGAAAGUGAUGGACACAAAGUGCUAAUUGUUCAUGCUUCAGCUUACAUGAAAUACGUCGGUGAUCUGACCGUUUAUUUUGAUAAAGACGGAAAUGUAGCCAAAUGGAGUGGCAAUCCAAAAUAUUUGGACCAUGACAUUGUUCCAGAUUCCAAUGUAAUGGACGCCAUUACACCGUGGAAAGAAGUAAUUGAUGCAAAAGGAAAGCGAGUUCUUGGCCACACGAAAGUUCCGUUGAAAAUAACGUCGUGCUUCACGAAAGAAUGUAAUUUGGGAAAUUUUGCGGCCGAUGCCUUAGUUCAUUAUUAUAUAACUGAAUUAAGCGGCCGCAAUGAAAAUCAAUGGACCGAACCGAUUAUUGGUAUCAUCAAUUGUGGGGGUGUUCGAACUGAAAUUGGUGCUGGCCCAAUAUCUUUUAUGGAUUUGGCCACCACUAUGCCGUUUGAAAAUACGAUCGACACUUUUGAUUUGCUGGGUGAACAUGUGAAAGAGUUAUUUGAAUUCGCUGCGAAGGCAUUUUCGUCGGAAAAUGAUCAGAGAAACUUCAUGCAAGUUUCUGGUAUGCGAGUAGUUUAUAACCCGACAAAUGAAGAAAACAAUCGAGUGCGUUCAAUUGAAGUGCUAGCAAUGCCAAAUGACGUCCGCCGAGUUCCCAGAUAUGAACCAUUGGAUCCGAAAAAGUACUACAAAUUUAUAACUUCGUCAUUCAUUGCUGAGGGCGGCGACGCGUUUGAUAUUAUUUCAAAACACAAAAAAAACCAUAAGAAAGGAAACAUUGAUACUGAUGUCGUAACCAAAUAUUUGGAAGAACGUCGUAUCAUUUACACUGGUCUUGACAACCGAAUCGCUGUUGAUGAACAUUCUCUGUUCGCGAAUAUAUUUUAUUCAAUCCGCAAUUUCGUCUCGAAUAUUUUUUAAAUUUUAAUCGAUUUUUAUUGAUUUCGAAUAAACUGCUUUAAUAAAGAUCCGAUUGGCAUUUGACUUUA